AUGUACCGUGCAACAGCUACUAGUCGCCAAUUGGUUGGUGCUACUGCCAACAUACUUGUCGCCAAGAGAUCAAUGGCCAAGGCCGCCUCAGAUUUGGUCACUAUCGAAUUACCACCUACCUCUUUUGAAGGAUACAAUUUGGAAGUCCCAGGUUUGAGUUUUGAAACCGAAAAGGAAACUUUAUUGAAAAUGUACAAGGAUAUGAUUAUUAUCAGAAGAAUGGAAAUGGCUGCCGAUGCUUUGUACAAAAGUAAAAAAAUCAGAGGUUUCUGUCACUUGUCUGUUGGUCAAGAAGCCAUUGCUGUUGGUAUUGAAAAUGCCAUCACACCAACUGACACUGUCAUCACUUCUUAUAGAUGUCAUGGUUUUGCAUUUAUGAGAGGUGCUUCCGUCAAGUCUGUUUUGGCUGAAUUAAUGGGCAGAAGAUCCGGUAUUGCUCAUGGUAAAGGUGGAUCAAUGCAUAUGUUCACCAAUGGAUUCUAUGGUGGUAAUGGUAUUGUUGGAGCCCAAGUCCCAUUGGGUGCUGGAUUAGCCUUUUCGCACAAGUACAAAAACGAUAAAGCUGUCACUUUUGAUUUGUACGGUGACGGUGCUUCCAACCAAGGACAAGUUUUCGAAGCUUACAACAUGGCCAAAUUGUGGAAUUUGCCUGUUAUUUUUGCCUGUGAAAACAACAAGUACGGUAUGGGUACUUCUGCUGCCAGAUCAUCAGCCAUGACCGAAUACUACAAGAGAGGUCAAUAUAUCCCAGGUUUGAAAAUCAACGGUAUGGAUGUGUUGGCCACCUACCAAGCUUCUAAAUUUGCCAAGGACUGGGCUUCUCAAGGCAAUGGACCUCUUGUUUUGGAAUACGAGACUUACAGAUACGGUGGUCACUCCAUGUCUGAUCCAGGUACUACUUACAGAACCAGAGAAGAAGUUCAACACAUGAGAUCAAGAAACGAUCCAAUUGCUGGAUUGAAAGCUGUUUUGUUAGAAAAAGAUAUUGCUUCUGAAGACGAAAUCAAAUCAUACGACAAGGCUGCUAGAAAAUACGUUGAUGAACAAGUUGCUGCUGCUGAAGCUGAUGCUCCACCAGAAGCCAAAAUGGAUAUUUUGUUUGAAGACGUUUACGUUCCAGGUAGUGAGAUUCCUGUUUUGAGAGGUAGAAUUUCCGACGAUAGUUGGGAUUUCAAAAACAAGACUUUCUUAAACAAGGUCUAUUAA